UGGUUGCUCCAUUCAUUUUGCUUCUGGUCUCACUCACCACUGGCCCUCAAAAGGUUAUCUAGCAAGGAAAGUGGCCCUUGGCUGAAUAAGGUUCCCUAACCCGUCUUUUGGCAAGGUAGUUCGUUCUUUCAGUGCUGUGCAUUUCCUCUCUCUAGAUCUGUCAUGCUGUUCUCCAAAAGAAGGAAUGAAUGACAAUCCUUCCACCCACUACAAAAGUGGAAAUACCAUUAUCAGAGGAUAAAGGCACCAGUACUCCAAGUUACACCAUUCUGCAUGGAGAGUGUUUUCCUUUGUGAAGAGUUGAGUGUUCUCGUCCCGGGUAGUUAAAGUUAACAUACAAUUUACAGAAAUAAUAUGGCUCCAUUGCAGAAACUGCUUCUCAUUAUUGGGCUGACAAUGAAAUGUUUUCAGCAAAAUCACCAAAGCAAAUGCAAGGAUUCCUGCUAGAGCAAAAAAAUAAAAUAAAAAUUUCCCACUCUCCACCACCCAUCU